GGGUGGGUGGGGGUGUGAAACCCACACACAGACACGCGCACAACACACGCACACAGGCGAUUCAUCAUCACUUCAGUGCGCUCGAAGCUGGGACGAUAUAGCCGGCAUGGCCACGCGUGUCUUUUUCAGGAAGGUAAGCCAGAAACUGCGUGGCUUUGCGGCCACGUGGUUGAACAAUGAGCAGUAUCCGUGGGUACGAAGACCUCCCCCCCACACCCCCCAUGGUUCACCAUUAAGAGCAGCAGAGGUGACACGACUCCCGGCAGCAGCGAUUCAGCUCCAGCACCGGCCGUGCGGCGAGCGGGCCUAUAGCCAACAGGUGCGGACGGUGACGCUUAUUCCCGGUGAUGGCAUCGGACCCGAGAUCUCCGACUCCAUCGUCAAAGUCUUCGAGGCUGCAAACGCCCCGAUCCAAUGGGAGGAGAGGCAGGUGACGGCCAUUAGAGGGCAUUCUGGGAAUUGGAUGAUCCCCAGCGAUGCCAAGGAGUCCAUGGAGCGGAAUCUCAUCGGACUCAAAGGUCCGCUGAAGACGCCCAUCGCCGCGGGCCAUCCGUCCAUGAAUCUGCUGCUGCGCAAGACCUUUGACCUCUACGCCAACGUGCGUCCGUGCGCGUCCAUCGAGGGCUACAAGACCCUGUACAGCGACGUGGAUCUGGUGACGAUCCGCGAGAACACGGAGGGCGAGUACAGCGGCAUCGAGCACGUGAUCGUGGACGGCGUGGUGCAGAGCAUCAAGCUGAUCACGGACACGGCGAGCAGGCGCAUCGCCGAGUACGCCUUCGAGUACGCGCGUGCCAACAAGCGCAGCACCGUGACCGCCGUGCACAAGGCCAACAUCAUGCGCAUGUCAGAUGGGCUCUUCCUGCGCAAAUGCCGCGAAGUUGCAGAAAACUACAGGGACAUCGAGUUCACGGAGAUGUUCCUGGACACCGUCUGCCUCAAUAUGGUGCAGGACCCCACCAAGUUCGACGUGCUGGUCAUGCCCAACCUGUACGGGGACAUUCUCAGUGACCUGUGUGCUGGUCUCAUCGGAGGGCUCGGGGUCACUCCCAGUGGCAACAUCGGAACUGGUGGGGUCGCCAUCUUUGAGUCGGUGCACGGCACGGCGCCGGACAUUGCCGGGAAGGACCUGGCGAACCCCACGGCGCUGCUGCUGAGCGCCGUGCUCAUGCUGCGCCACAUGCAGCUGCAGGAGUUUGCGCGCCGCAUCGAGGCCGCCUGCUUCGACACGAUCCGCGACGGCAAGGUGGUUACAGGAGACCUCGGUGGCCAUUCCAAGUGUUCGGAGUUUACCGAAGAGAUCUGCCGCCGGGUGAAAGACCUCUAAUCGGCACCGUCCGCUAUUUAUUUUUGUCGUUAUGCUGCUCUCUACCGCUAUGGCAACUACGUGCUCAGCAUUAGCGCUGAAGGUGCAAAAAUAAUAAUAAUAAUACCCAGUCUGUUGCACAAUUAUUUUGCACUCGUAUUUCGCUGUUGUAUUGUUAUAAAUUCAGAAAAAGAGUGGUGGCGUGCGUGCGAGUGUUUAACGCUGCCAAGGUCAAACGGCUCUCGCAUUUUAACGUCGGAAAAUGAACCGCACGGCGAGAUGGGCUGCCGUCUGGCAAUCGGCAGUGGCGGUGACGAUCGUGGAUGUAACGGCACAGCUGAUGAUGCAAACGUGUAUUUUUCUUGGUUAUUAAGAAGCGGUGCUGAUAUUCACUUCCUAUAUGUAACGCACGCACACACACACUCUCACGAAUCCACGCACGCGCGCGCACGCACGCACACACGGUAUCAUUAAAUGCGGACAAUCAACUUGGGUAGCGACUUUAAUUAGAUGUCUGUGCAUUUUCCCGAGGGUGCUCCCUGUAGCGCACAGAGCAUUUAAAGAAAAAAA